GUUUCUGCUUUAUGGGAGAGUUCAUCCCAUUCACAUUCACAGGAGAGAGCCGGAGGUGUGCUGUGUUGAAUCAAACAAGGCCUCAUCCUUGACUGAUAUGAACCAGCGUGACGUUAUAACUCCUAAUUCGGGUUGGUUCUGAAUAGCGAUUUUGUCUGUUGUCAGUAAUCCUGCAUACUGGGGAACAUGUUUCUAGGUUAACUCUAUGCCCUCGUUACAUCGAAGGUGUUCCUGGCUUUCUCUCCUGGUCAUGGCUCUUCCCCCUCCUCCACCACGGUUUGUACUUCGAGGUUCCCAGUCAGCGGUAAACACCUUGCAUUUCUCCUGCAGGAGCGAGGCCGACAGCCCCCCACUGCUGUUCUCUGGGUCACUCAGCGGACUGAUACAUGUCUGGAACCUGCAGACCCGAAGAGUGGACACCACCCUGGACGGCCACGCGGGGCAGUCUGUGUAUUGGGUGAAGAUCCUAGAGGGUCAACACUUGCUCCUCAGCCAAGGACGAGACCUAAAGCUGUGUCUGUGGGACCUCGCAGAGGGCAGAAAUGCCCCAGUGGAUUCCCUGUCCCUGGACAGCGUAGGCUUCUGUAAAGGAUCCGUCCUCACCGAAGGGACCCAGGGAUGCUGGCUCCUGGCAGUGCCUGGGAAGGGCAUGGAUGAGGUUCAGGUUUUGGACAUGCCGUCCAAGACGUCAGUCUGUACCUUGAAGCCAGAGGCCGGUGCCAAAGCGGGCAUGCCCAUGUGCCUGGAGCUGUGGAAGCCUCCCUCCGGCUCUGGUCCGCUCCUCCUGGCUGGGUACGAGGACGGCUCGGUCAUCCUGUGGAACGUCUCUGAGAGGAGAAUGCUGAGCCGGCUUUCUUGCCACAAGGAGCCAGUCAUGAGCCUUGACUUUGACUCAGGAAGGGCCAAGGGGGUGUCAGGCUCCUCGGAGAAGGUGCUCUGUGUCUGGAGCCUAGAUGAGCAUCACAGCCUAAAGAAUGCCAGCUUGAUCAACGUGACCCAAGCUUCUGUCUCGCACUGUGUCAGCUCCCUCCCAGCAUGGUAUUGUCUGCACACCCUCUGGGAAUGUCGGCCUACCUUGGAGACAGAAGGAAUCUGAGGAAGCAACCAGUAGGCCACAUGGCCCAGAGUCUGGAGCUCUGAAGUAGAACCAGGAAGACUCGUCAGUCACAAAUGCUCACCAGGCGCCGGUGACAUUCUGAGCAUGGCAGACAGAGAGAAGAGCACAAACGCUGCCUCUUUCGCACAGACUGUCCCUGUUUCUACCGUCUCUUGUCAGACCCUCAUUGCCUCUCUCCCAGAGUGUUGCAACAGCCUCCUCUUUGGUCUCCCUGCCUCAGUUCUCCCCUUUCUCCAGUCCAUCCUACACAUUUAUGCCAAAGUGAUUUUCUGUAAGAGCAGACCCAACCAUGGAAGCCCACUCCCCCACUCAACUCCAGAGGCUUCUCAUUGACUCUGGAUGCAAUGUAAACUUAACUUUUAAAGUCCUUUCAACCGAGUCCCUUGACACUCUCCAGGCCUCUCUUACAAACUUUGAAUUGAUCGUGUGACACGGGAGACACUGGCACAGCACCGCCCACAUCAGAGAAGGUGCUGAGCUCUGUGAGCAGAGCAGAAUGGAAGUAGCUCAGGAGAAACAUGAACUGCGCAGAUUUAGAGAAUCCACCCAUGUGUUCACACAGACUGUUUGUGCCCGACCUGGGGUAGAGCAUUCCAAGCUUGUACUGGUCUGAUCAGCCACGGUUGGACACAUUGUGACUCCAGUCUAGCACAGGGAUGUCAUUUUGAUCCUCUUCCAGAAUGAGGGAUGGCCACCAGCCUUUCCAGCCUUGUUGGACAUGACUUUCCUUCCCACACUCUGGGCACCAGUUGAAGUGGCCUCCUGUCUGCUUCUCCAACACAAUGCUCCACCCUCACCCACCUGUGGGCCUUUGCCCCAUGCCCUGGAAAGCCCUCCCUCCUGUCCUCUUCCUCUCCAAGAGUCGCUCUCUUUAAGAAAUAGUUCAAGGGGCAGCUCGGUGGCGUAGUGGAUAGAGCUCCAGCCUUGGAGUCUGGAGGACCCGAGUUCAAA